CGUGCAAGAAGCCCUGUCCCUGGUGCCACCAGCCAGUCCUCUGGCCCAUGGCGAGCCCCGGUCUGGGGCUGCUCCUGGCGCUCGGCCUGCCGCUCCUGCCGGCCCGCUGGGGCCGGGCCUGGGGUCAAACACCAGACCCCACUGAAUAUGGGAAUAGCACCACUACCACCCCACACCCUGACUUCAAUGGGGCCCUGUCUAAAGAGGCCACCACUGCUAUCAUUGUGGUCUUCUCCCUCCUUGCCGCCCUGCUUCUGGCUGUGGGGCUGGUGCUGUUGGUACGGAAACUGCGGGAGAAGCGGCAGACGGAAGGCACCUACCGGCCCAGCAGUGAGGAGCAGUUCUCCCAUGCAACCGAGGUCCAGGCUCCCCAGGACUCCAAGGAGACAGUGCAGGGCUGCCUGCCCAUCUAGGUCCCCUUCCUCAAUCCAUCUCCCUCCCUUACUGUGUGACCUUGGGGGAAGGCUAACCCCUCUCUGGGUCUUCAAACCCAUACAACCCAGGGUUUAAGAAUAGAAGGGGAAAAGGUGCUUCAAAGACUCUGCCCCUGAGGGCAAGGGAGGGUGGGGCUGCUCACUUUUUAUAUAUAUGUGUAA